UCUCAGACUGAAGCAGACAGACAAAGGCGAAGGGGAGAGACGGCGUGCUUCUAUCCUGCAGCAUCGACUCACACACUCACAUCCACUCCCCACACACACACACUCCCUUCACUCCGCAAGCAGCGACGCAGACUCUUCGGAGCUGGUCACCACCACCGCACAUUUGUCACAACCAUCACAACUUUCAGUCAUCAUGGAGCUAGACUUUGGACAUUUUGACGAGCGAGACAAGGCAUCCCGUACCCCGCGGGGUGGGCGCAUGAAUGGACUCCCCAGCCCUACCCACAGCGCCCACUGCAGCUUCUACCGCACGCGCACUCUCCAGGCCCUCACCAGUGAGAAGAAAGCCAAAAAGGUGCGCUUCUACCGCAACGGAGACCGCUACUUCAAGGGCAUCGUGUACGCUGUGGCCAACGACCGAUUUCGCACCUUUGACUCCCUGCUGGCUGACCUCACGCGCUCGCUGUCUGACCACAUCAACUUGCCACAGGGUGUCCGCUUCAUCUUCACUAUUGACGGCGCUCGUAAGAUCGGAUCCAUGGAUGAGCUAGAGGAAGGGGAAAGCUACGUUUGUGCAUCAGAGAACUUCUACAAGAAGGUCGACUACACAAAGAAUGUCAACCCCAACUGGUCCGUGAAUGUAAAGGCCUCAGCAAGCCAGAAGAACAUGCAGUCCUUAGCUGCCAAGGCCGCGAACGAGCCCAGAGAGACCAAGGACUUUGUUCGACCCAAACUUGUGACCGUGAUGCGCAGUGGUGUGAAGCCACGCAAAGCUGUGCGCGUCCUGCUCAACAAGAAAACGGCGCACUCCUUCGAGCAGGUCCUCACUGACAUCACAGAGGCCAUUAAACUUGAAAGUGGCGUGGUCAAGAGGAUCUACACACUUGACGGCAAGCAGGUUACCUGCCUUCAAGAUUUCUUUGGUGAUGACGAUGUCUUCAUUGCGUGUGGACCAGAGAAAUUCCGCUAUGCCCAGGAUGACUUCUCUCUGGAUGAGAACGAGUGCAGGGUGAUGAAGGGACCCAAAACUCCACGUGGUUCAGUAAAGAGUCCUGGUCCGAUCAAGCGCAGCAAGUCUCCUGCUGAAUCGACCAAUGGGACGGGCUCCAGCAGCCAGCUCUCCACCCCGAUUUCCAAGCAUUCCCCUACCUCCACCCCCACCAGUCCAGGCCUGAACAACAAGCAGAAGGAUCUCUACCUGCCCUUAUCUCUGGAUGAUGAUGAUUCUCUCGGCGAAUCCAUGUAGACUCUCCUCCUGCAGCCUGCCUCCCUUUUUUGGCCUGAAACACAGAAGUUUUUAUACCUCUGCUGCUUUCCACCUUCACUCACAGUGCCACCUGUUGUCUAGGAGAACCACUCUUUGUCUCUUUUUAAGGCCUUAGCCACCAGGGCUAUGACACCAUUUGCUGCUUGAGAAUAACACAAACACCUUUUCUUUUUUUAAAUCAGUUUCAACCACUUUGUAACAAUCAGCUCACUGAUGUUCAGACAUGUUUCUAUGUGGAGGUUAGCCACUGUUUUUUAAAAGGGUACACAGUUCACUGACCCACAGAUUUCAUGGUGUAAAAGCUUCUUCUCUCAGCUGUCUUAGACAUUUUGUUGAAGGAUUCACUCUGACUUCAAUGUUUCAGUCACACAAUUCCAAGCAGCAAAUGGCCAUUUUUAGGGGUGUUAGUCAGAACUGACUCAACUUUUGUAUCACUUGUAUUUGUGACGUUCCUCCAUGUCCCUCUGUCCUCCUGCCCUACGGUAAAUGGUGUGAAAGGUAAUGGUUCCUCGUCAGAGGAAGUUUGCUAAGCCAGAGAACGUCUUUCUAACCCGCUGUAAAUACUGUGUAUAGCUAUCCAUCAUAACAUCUCUGCCCAAUGUCCAUUGCUGUGCUUCCAUAACGUCACUACAAUAUCUGUCUAACAUUUGCUCAACAUAAUACAGGGUAUGGUCAAAGUAAAAGAAGCAACCAAAAUGAAGUCCCACCACAGAGGGUGAGGAUGUGUGGGAUGCAGCUCCUGACUGAAGAGGAUUGUUGGUCGGAAGCCCACACCUCCUCGAUGACAAUUCAUGUUCCCUACAUGAGAAAUUAUAAAACCGUAAUUGUGUAAAAUGAUACUAUUUAAACUACCAUAAAUCCAUAUGUUUAUGCUGUAAUUGGCGUUCAUCUUGUCCAAUCUGAGACAAGGCGGAGAAAAAGCAUCUCACAUAGCCCUCAUGGGAAAUCUUUAUGUUGGUGUUUCCUCCAUUUUGACCCUCUACAUAGACAGUAGGCUAUACAUGGUAUAUAUAUACCCUCUGUGUUUUAGAUUUUCACAAACUGCAGUGCAUGAUAUUGGUGAAUGGUUAUGAAAUUUUGGGCAUGUAAAAAGCUGAUUGAAAGGACCUAACAAUGCAUAAAACAACCAAAGGAAAAACAA